AUGACAGGACAAAUCGGCGCUCCAUCUUUUGACAGUGAUGUGGACUUUUGCACACUGGGCAUGUUCAUCCUCGAUGAUAUUGACUUCGGGGGCAUUAGACCUAAUGUCAAGAACAUCCUCGGGGGUGCAGCGUCUUUCGCGGUUGUCGGCGCUCGCCUAGUCGCUGGAAAGGAACACUCCCACUCUGUUAGCUGGAUUGUCGAUGUUGGCUCUGACUUUCCCUCCGACGUUCUGGAUGUCAUCAAUACCUGGGGCACGGCAUGCGUGAUGAGGGAAGACAAUAGCCGAUUAACCACCAGGGCUUGGAAUGGCUACGGUCCCAAUGAGAAGCGCGACUUCAAAUACUUGACCCCUAAAUUACGACUGGAACCUUGGAUGCUAUCCGAUGCCCAGGUCUUCUCCAAAACAUUUCACAUGGUCUGUUCCGCAGAACGUUGCGUCUCUAUUGUGCAAAAUAUACUGCAGCGGCGAGAAGAACUACGACGAGAAGGCAAAGCACCUUCCAGUAGCCAGGCUUCAGAGAGGCCCUUCUUUGUUUGGGAACCUGUGCCUGAUCUCUGCACACCCGAAGAGCAAGAAAAGUUUUUUGUCGCAAACCGGGUAGUAGAUGUGGUAAGCCCUAAUGAACUGGAGCUGGGAAUGAUGUUUGGACAGACGGGGUGGAAUGAAGAGAGCGCAUUUGGGAAAGAUAUCGUGAAACGCAUCCUUGAUUCGGGCAUUGGCCCGAACGGAAAUGGGCACUUGGUUAUUAGAGCAGGAAAGGAUGGAAGCUAUGCAUUCGCAAGAGGUCAGAGGAUAUGGUUGCCCGCUUACCAUGAGCCAGAUACUUCAGCAAAUACGCCAGUAGUCGAUCCGACUGGUGCAGGUAAUUCUUUCUUGGGUGCACUGACUCAAGGAAUGGUGACUGCUGAUAGGAUCCCAACCAAGAUCGUUGGCUCAGUGCUUGCAGGAUCAGCUGUCUGGGAAAGGGCAUUGGAAGCGUUGGGCAAGCAGGGUUAUAUACUGUCCUCUCUGAUAUUCGCCACAGUUGCCGCAGGUUUUGUGGUGGAGCAGAUUGGAGUACCCCAUCUGUCUACGUCUACCGAUGAAAGAGAACUUUGGAACGGAACUGAAUUCACGGAACGAGUCCGUCUGUACACGCAGCGAUUGUAUCGAACACUUGAAGAGUCUCCCCAGAAGCACUUUCAGAUCAAUUGA